CCAAGAUGGAAUUUCAAUUUGAAGACAGAAAAUUAUCUGCUUCAAAUUUUUUGGACGUUCCAAUUUUAGUUCCGGAGAAGAGCAGCAGAGCGAGCAAGCGAGCCGACGGAGGACGGACGGCACGGCAAUGGGGUUGCACAGUUAUUUUGGCGGGGCGACCAUACAAACCCUAAAGAUGGCGGCAGUUCCGGCGUCUGCCUCUUAUUCUCGCUUCGUCUUCAGCCCUAUUUCCAGAAACCUAGUAGCGCUGGAUUCAUUUCCCCGCCAUUCUCCAUCACCUCCUUUUCCAUUGCUGGCUCGAGCUCUUUCAAUGGCCGCGGCAGUCCAAACAACUCCACCGAGCAGUGAAGACAUAGGAACUGCAACCGGUUCAGUAGGGAAGCCGCAGUGGAAGGCUGCAAUCGACUUCAAGUGGAUAAGGGAUAACAGAGAGGCCGUUGCUGAGAACAUUAGGAAGAGGAAAUCCAAGGCCAGCUUGGAGCUUGUGCUCGAGCUGUACGAGAAAAUGUUAGCUGUCCAAAAGGAAGUUGAAAGGCUUCGUGGGGAAAGGAAUGCUGUGGCAAACAUGAUGAAGGGAAAGCUAGAGCCAUCAGAACGUCAAAAGUUCAUAGAGAAAGUAUUAAAUCAUUCUGCUUCAGGAAAGAAUUUGAAGGAAGCACUCGCUAGUUUUGAAGAAGACCUGGUUAAGCUGAGUGACGAGCUUCAACAAGAAGCUCAAUCGAUACCUAACAUGACCCAUCCGGACGUUCCGAUUGGAGGCGAGGAUUCCUCAGCUGUCAGAAAAAAGGUUGGCAGUCCACGUGAAUUCAGCUUCUCUGUGAAGGACCAUCUUCAACUUGGGAAAGAGCUUGAUUUAUUUGAUUUCGAUGCCGCAGCAGAGGUCAGUGGAUCAAAGUUCUAUUAUCUGAAGAAUGAAGCAGUUUUGCUAGAAAUGGCCCUGGUCAAUUGGACACUUUCCCAAGUGAUGCAAAAAGGAUUUACUCCAUUGAUAACCCCAGAAAUUGUGAGGUCAUCUAUUGUUGAAAAGUGUGGCUUUCAGCCUCGUGGCGAUAAUACCCAGGUAUACUCGAUUGAGGGUAGUGAUCAAUGCCUCAUUGGCACAGCAGAGAUUCCUGUGGGAGGAGUUCAUAUGGAUUCUAUUCUUGCUGAAACAGUGUUGCCUUUGAAGUAUGCUGCAUUUUCCCAUUGCUUCCGCACAGAGGCCGGUGCUGCUGGACUAGCAACAAGAGGUCUUUACCGAGUGCAUCAAUUCAGUAAAGUGGAGAUGUUUGUUCUAUGUCGACCUGACGAAAGUGAUACAUACCAUGAGGAGCUCAUUACAAUUGAAGAAGACCUCUUCUCUUCACUGGGUUUGCACUAUAAAACUUUGGAUAUGGCCUCUGAAGACUUAGGUGCACCUGCUUACCGUAAAUUUGAUGUGGAAGCAUGGAUGCCUGGUUUAGGGCGGUAUGGUGAGAUAUCAAGUGCAUCAAAUUGCACCGACUACCAAAGUCGCCGGCUAGGGAUUCGAUACCGGCCAGCAGAACUGGCAGCAUCCACAAACCCUAAGAAGGGUGGUAAAGGCAACCUUGCUCCGACAAAGUUCGUACAUACUUUGAAUGCUACUGCUUGUGCCGUACCCCGUAUGAUGAUAUGUUUACUGGAAAACAACCAACAAGAGGACGGGAGUGUCAUUAUCCCAGAGCCACUGCGGCCAUUCAUGGGUGGAAUGGAGGUUCUAUUGGCCAAGCACCACACUGGUUAGCUACCCGUAGAAACAAUCUUAUGGCAGAAAUUCUGCACAAGUCAUUGCGGUGAGAAAUAGUACAGGGGUUGAAAUCUGAGCUGGCAUGCCUUCGAGAUUGACCCCUAGGGUCUAUGCUUUGCUGGAGUUUUAUAUAAAGCGAUUCCAACAAGAAAGUUUUAUACUCUAAGUAACUCGUACUGAUAUAACUCUUAAGAACUGCAAGAAAUAUCACUUGGAUUUUUAGGGAGAGGUUAGCAGUAAUAUGCAUCUGCUGGCCUAUGAAUUUAUAAAUUAGAGGAUGUUGGUCUACAUAUUUGGAUUUCGACAAAUG